AUGGGGGUAAAUAAGAGUGAUCAGGAGGCUCAGAGGCAUUCCGGUCUAAGGAUGAUCCUCCAGACCAGUAUAGCUACUGGAAAUGGUUCUUUUGUGUCUGAAUUCAUUCUGGUGGGAUUAACAGAUCAUCCAGAUCUCCAACUCCCCCUGCUUUUCCUGUUUUUAGCAGCGUAUAUGGUCACUGUGUUGGGAAACUUGGGCUUGAUAACUUUAAUUGGCCUGAAUUCCCACCUUCACACCCCCAUGUACUUUUUCCUCUUUAACUUGUCCUUCAUAGACCUCUGUUAUUCCUCUGUUAUUACUCCCAAAAUGCUCAUCAACUUCAUAUCAAGGAAGAAUAUUAUGUCUUAUAUUUCAUGUAUGGUUCAGCUCUACUUUUUCUGUUUUUUUGCCACCUCUGAGUGCUAUGUGCUGACAUCAAUGGCCUAUGAUCGCUAUGUGGCUGUCUGUAACCCACUCCUGUAUAACAUUGCCAUGUCCCCUAAAAUGUGUGUCAACCUUAUUCUUGGUUCAUACUUGAUGGCAUUUUCUGGUGCUAUGGCCCACACUGGAUGCAUGCUGAGACUGACCUUCUGUGAUGCCAACACCAUCAACCAUUUUUUCUGUGACAUCCUCCCUAUGCUCCAGCUCUCCUGCAAGAGCAUCUAUGUCAAUGAGCUGGUGUUGUUCAUUGUGGGGGGCAUCAACAUCAUUGUGACCUGUCUCACCAUCUUUAUCUCUUAUGGUUUCAUUAUCUGCACCAUCCUCCACAUGAAUUCCACUGAGGGCAGGUCCAAAGCCUUCAGCACCUGCAGUUCCCACAUAAUGGCUGUUUCUCUGUUCUUUGGAUCAGUGUCAUUUGUGUAUCUCCAGCCAUCUUCAGCCAGUUCUGUGAAUGGGGGAAAAAUCUCUUCUGUGUUUUACACCACUGUUGUUCCCAUGAUGAACCCCUUAAUCUAUAGCUUGAGGAAUAAAGAUGUGAAACUUGCCAUGAGAAAAACUCUGACAAGUAGAAUAUUUUGAUCAGUCUGUUUCUCUUUGUUGAAGUAGUUUUAGGACAGGGAGAUGCUAGAUGUAUAAUUACAACACUUUUUGGUGGCAGCCUUCCUGUCCAAUUUCUUUCUUUCCAUUGAGAAGGAAAUGUAUUUCCAUUUUACGAAUAGGUCUUCCUCCUUAAUAUUUAUGGACAGUUCUUCUCCUUCUUACCUUUUAUCCUGUUUAAGUAUAAUGUUAAGGAAUG